UUCACAUGGCACACCGACGAGCGCAGCUGCAGCAAUCGCUACAACAGAAUGGCCAAAUCAAAGUCGUGUCAAUGCUGUCUGAUCUGCUGUGGUUUGUUGUGCGUCGCGGGUAUCAUUACUGUUUGCUGCUUAUUUUUCUUCCCCCCCGGACCUUCUUGCUCCGAUGGUACCUUCACGAGAGGAGCAGUGGCUGCGGACUCCAAGCUGUGCUCCGAUAUCGGCAGGGAUAUGCUGCAGAAGGGAGGCUCCGCAGUGGACGCGGCUAUCGCAGCCCUCAUCUGCACGGGUCUGGUGAACCCCCAGAGCAUGGGACUCGGAGGAGGCUCCAUCUUCACCAUCAGGGACAAGGCUGGUAAAGUGACCGUGAUCAGCUCCAGAGAGACAGUCCCCAAGACCUUCAAACCCAACCUGAUGAGCGACUGCAAAGGAAAGCAGUUUUACCAUGGCGCCCAGUGGAUCGGUGUUCCCGGUGAGCUCCGUGGAUAUAAAGCGGCCCAUGAUCGCUUUGGGAAACUGAAGUGGGAGGAGCUUUUCGCACCCUCUAUCCGAUUGGCUCGUGAGGGCUUCCCGAUGCCACCUUACCUGUUCAGUUUCAUCAGCCACCCAAUUCUAAAACCGCUCAUCAUCGGAACACAGCUCUGUGAGCUGUUCUGUCAUGCGAACAAGACGCUGCUGAGCACUAAGGAUAUUCUGCGCUACCCAAAGUUGGCAGACACCAUGGAAACCAUUGCAAAAGAGGGGGCCGAAGCCUUCUACACUGGCACCAUUGCACAUGAUAUAAUUGACGACAUCCGUGCGGCAGGUGGGUCGUUAACUCUGGAGGAUCUGAAGUCUUUUCGAGUCAGACGUGAUGAUGCGUUGAAAGUCCCUAUGGGAGAUUAUACCAUGCACAUUCCCCCACCACCAGCAGGGGGAGCCAUACUCACCUUUGUCCUCAACAUCAUGAAAGGCUACAAUCUCUCGCCGGCCUCUUUGAGUGGAAAGGAGAAAGUGCGCACAUUCCAGCGCUUUAUUGAGGCCUGCAAGUUUGCUAACGGACAGAAGAAGAAUGUAAAAGACCCGGAGUACCACAGUGUUGACGUGUCUAACCUGAUCAAAGAGGACUUUGCCGCUAAGGUCAGAGGGCUGAUCUCAAGUGAAAAGACCCACAAUGCAUCUUACUACGACGUGACGCCAUCACGGGACCAGAUGGGGACCACUCACGUGUCGGUCAUAGCAGGGGACGGCACCGCCGUGUCCGUCACCAGCACCAUCAACCAAAUGUUUGGGUCUUUGGUCUACUCCAAGAAGACAGGCAUCAUGCUGAACAACGAGCUGGGAGACUUCUGUAAUAAAGCUUGGGACAUCAGAUCAGGUGAGCAACCGCCCUCUUCCAUGGCUCCACUGAUCCUGCGCUCCGAAUCGCGGGACAAGACUCUGGUGAUCGGGGGGUCUGGGGGCAGCCUCAUCACCUCAGCCAUGGCCCUGUCCAUAGUUAACCACUUGUGGCUGGGGAUGAGUCUUGAGGAUGCCAUCGCCAGUCCCAUUGUGUUUGUGGAUGGCGAUAACAAGGUCUCCUUUGAGAGCAAUCCUAAGGUUUUCAUAGACUUUGAUAAGGACCUGAAGGAGGACUUGCUGCGUUUGGGACACGUGGACGGGAAGUAUCCAUUCUUCCUGAACGUCGUGAACGCUGCGAUGACGGAGCGAGGCUGCAUCCGGGCGGUGUCUGAUCACAGGAAGCUUGGGAAAGCCUCCUGUUACUGACCAGUGGCAGUCCAGUGCCUUCAUACUGACCAGUGGGAGGACCAACGCCACUUAACUGACCAGGUGGGGACUAGCGCCCCCUAAUGGAAUGUGACUCCAUUUUUAACGCACUGCUGUCCCAUGACCAGUCAACAGAUAGGGACUCUCUUGAUGGUCAGCAGCUACCCUCACCCCCCUAAUCCUACAUAUACACAGCACACAUAUACACAGAUAUACACACAGACUCAUACAUAUACACACACAUGUCCAGAAACACAUAC